AUGGCGAUUCAAACCAAGCAGCAGAAACCGUUAACAGUUCUCGGAUGCCGGUUUAGGGGCGGGCAGGGGAAAGCGGGAGUUGAGGAUGGACCAGUUCAUCUUGUUCGAGCCGGGCUUAUAGAGGACCUCAAUAAACUCGGGUACAAUAUCAACUUCGAUGGGCAUAUCAGCUUCGACGAUAUCACUGAAGAAAUCAACGAAUCCAAGGACCCCAAAAUCGGUCGUAUGAGACGACCGCGCUUGGUCUCCAAGGCCUGCGAAAAGGUCUACAACAUCGUUGAAGACCAUGCCAAAGCUGGCAACAUUGUGCUCACCUUAGGCGGGGACCAUUCAUUGGGAAUGGCAACCAUUGGAGGCACCAUAGAAGCGCACCCAGACCUCUGUGUCCUCUGGAUUGACGCCCACGCGGACAUCAAUACACCGGAGACUACGAUCCAAGGGUGGCUACAUGGGAUGCCGGUAUCCUUCCUUCUGGGCCUGUCAAAAAUGGAGGAAUACUCCUGGGCGAAAGGAAGAUUGGAUCCUUCUCGUAUUGCCUACAUCGGGCUUCGUGACAUCGAAGAUGGCGAGAAGGAGACCCUGAAACAAUACGGGAUCACAGCAUUUAGUAUGCAUCAUGUGGACAUGUAUGGUAUCGGGAAGGUCGUAGAGAUGGCCUUGAGUGCCAUCAACCCCGAAGGAGACCGCCCAAUCCACCUGAGCUUCGACAUCGAUGCUCUGGACCCCACUUUUGCACCAAGUACUGGUACAGCUGUUGAAGGGGGCCUGAGCUUCAGGGAAGGAAGGUAUAUUUGCGAGGCUGUUGCGAAGACGGGCAAGCUAGUCGGGAUGGACCUCGUGGAAGUCAACCCGUCACUCACAGAUCCUGUCAGUGCCAAGAAGACAGUCGACGUGGCGUGCAAACUGAUCCGUUCAGCAUUUGGUAAGUCCUCGAAAAGUCACCAAGAGCAGAGUUGCUGA